AUCCGGAUCUUGGGCGGAGGGCAGCCCAUUUUAACUGUAAUAUGAAAUCCUGUACUAUGAAAUCUUUUUGAGUUUGCUACUUUCCCGAUUCUGUUCAAUUCCUCUCACGCCCGGCAUUGACAGGUUCGCUGCUCACACUGUAAGCAAUAUGAUGAAUAUAGGGAAGUUACUGCAUAAAAGCCAGUCAAGUAUCCGGGAUCUGAUUACCAGUACACCUGUUUACAGUUCUGCAAUUGAUGCAUCUGGAGAGGGUUUGAGCUUGAUGUUCAGGCGCUGGGCUACCAAAAAGACAGCAGGAUCCACCAAAAAUGGACGUGACUCGCUCCCAAAGAAUCUUGGAGUGAAAAAAUUUGGUGGAGAAAGAGUGAUACCUGGGAACAUCAUUGUUCGUCAAAGGGGAACGCGUUUCCAUCCUGGAAAUUAUGUUGGAAUCGGGAAAGAUCACACUCUCUACGCUUUGAAGGAAGGUUGUGUCAAGUUUGAGCGUCACAAAUUGAGCGGACGCAAGUGGGUGCACGUUGAGCCAAAAGAUGGUCAUGAAAUCCAUCCUGCCUAUGCAAGUGCUGAUGCAAGUCUCGAAAUGAAGACAGCAGCUUAACUACAUUUCAUGUCAGAUUUAUGUACGCAAUAAGCUUUUUGAUAUGAUUCAUCCAUCAAGGACGCAGAUAGCUGUUAUAUUUUGUCUGUCAAAUGUGUUGAAAGCUACAUAGUUUUGUUGUCUUCACGUGUUUCAGAUUAUUCUAACAUUUUUAUGGUUUCGCAGAUGAACUCUUGUUUCAA